CAGCCCAAGUAUAUCUCAUGUAACCAGCUUGCCUUCUGACUACAGUGAUGUCCAGCCAUCGACCUAUGACCCAGAGUUCAUUUCUGAUAUAAGUAACAAGAUGCAGGUCCCUCACAAACUUGGUCCAAAGGAUGAGGUGCAUGACCCGUUCACACUCCAGUCAACCACGACUGACAUUAGUGCCCACCAUAUGACCGUUCCGGACAGAAUUUUUCUUGCAGGUGAGGGACAACACAUUGGAGCCAAGGAAAAUCUCCGUCUAUUUGAUAUCGGUGAGCUUCCGCCUCCCCAGACAGUACCAUAUGUAGUAGGAAUGAUGACCCCGCCACGAACUUUGACCCUUGAGGAACAGGGAUUUCCUGGAAUGGAUAUCAAGGAUGAGGAGGUGAAACAAGAGACAACAGGAAAAACAGUACAACAGUCACAUAAUUUUAAUGGUGGUUCCAAAUUUGUUUUUCCUGUCAUAAAUACACAGGAUACAAAUCUAACUGAAAACACCAUGCCUGAAUUUGAAGCAGAAGGUGACAAAUUUGGAAAGUUGAAAGGGAUUAUGGGAAAAUUUAUGGCCUCAACCAUGGCUAGCUGGUUUAGGUCAGCAGUUCAGCUGGAGCCGUACACACCUGGUGCCUCCAUGAACGAGUCAUUGCUGCUGAAUGAGGAGGAUGAGACAACCCUUCUAAAGACACAAGUCGCAAAACUCACACGCAAAGUCACGCUCCUGGAAGAAGAUAAUAUUCGUAGGUCCAAUUACGAAAAGGUUGUUUAUCCUAUCGUAUUUGGCUGGUCUAUAUGGAAAAUUGUAUCAGUGUUCUGGUCCCUAAUGCGACCACGACAUUACUAACAUGUGAAGAUAGGUAAAGUAUUGACUUACCUAUAUAGACAUGGACAGACAGACAGUGAUACACUAACUGGUAUUUGUCGUGAAAAAUUCUCUCUUUUUGUUGGGAAAGGGACAUUCCAAGAGGAAAAAGGACAAAUCUGUUUGAAUGAAUAUUCAUGAGAUUUGUGAGAAUUCUGAAUUGGAGAGGAAGGUCAAUGGAUUGGAAAAGCAAGACUGUAAAAUAUACAUGUGGUGUGACGUUCUAAUAGUGUCAACAUAUUGAAUUUUUGUUGGACUUUGUCCAAGAUAUUAUACUUUUAAAGUAAUAUAAGUACAUCUCUUCUUUCUUUAUUGUUUCCUAUCAAUUUUAACCUGAGUUUGAUACAUCAUAUGAUAAUUAACCAGAAAUCUCCAGAAUAACCAAAGCUUUAGCAGUAUUGGACUGAGAUAUCACUUAACACAAUGAUCAGAUCGGUACUUUACCAACUAGAAGAUAAUGUAUCUUAAGUAGCGGCUAAAUUUUGAAUUAUUGGACCUCAUUUAGAUCUACAAUGUUCAUGUCUUCAUAUCUUUCUAGUUUGACAGAAACUGUUCAUGUCUUUCUAGUUUGACAGAAACUGUUCAUGUCUUUCUAGUUUGACAGAAACUGGUCAUAUCUUUCUAGUUUGACAGAAACUGUUCAUGUCUUUCUAGUUUGACAGAAACUGUUUAUGUCUUUCUAGUUUGACAGAAACUGUUUAUGUCUUUCUAGUUUGACAGAAACUGUUUAUGUCUUUCUAGUUUGACAGAAACUGUUUAUGUCUUUCUAGUUUGACAGAAACUGUUCAUGUCUUUCUAGUUUGACAGAAACUGUUUAUGUCUUUCUAGUUUGACAGAAACUGUUCAUGUCUUUCUAGUUUGACAGAAACUGUUUAUGUCUUUCUAGUUUGACAGAAACUGUUUAUGUCUUUCUAGUUUGACAGAAACUGUUUAUGUCUUUCUAGUUUGACAGAAACUGUUUAUGUCUUUCUAGUUUGACAGAAACUGUUCAUGUCUUUCUAGUUUGACAGAAACUGUUUAUGUCUUUCUAGUUUGACAGAAACUGUUCAUGUCUUUCUAGUUUGACAGAAACUGUUCAUGUCUUUCUGGUGUGACAGAAACUGUUCAUAUCUUUCUAUUUUGACAGAAACUGUUCAUGUCUUUCUAGUUUAAAUUGACAGAAACUGUUCAUGUCUUUUGAACAAUUGCAGAGAGGGCACAUAAAUGACUAGCGUAUAUUAAUUAUCUUAAAAUAAUCAUUUUAGAUCAGGUAAAUAUGUUUCGUAAGUUAAGUCGUGUAGAGGAGGUUAUUAGGUUCAACUAAAAAUAGGCCUAAAUACUUGUGUCUGAAUAUACAAAGUAAGUUAGGGGUUCAACUCUAAAUAGGCCUAAAUACUUGUAUCUUGAUUUGGAAGAGCACUAGUCCCAUAAUUCAAUCAAUUUGAAAUGGUAAAUUUUGAAUAUCAGAUACCUGUGUAUAAGAAUUGAGAUGUGGAAUGUGUGGUUACAAUAAACCUUGGGGACCAAAAAAUCUACCAACAGACCACGACCCUGCAAACUCCAAAGAUUACAAAGGUCUGUCUGGUUCUUGAAUCCAGUUGUGUAGAACUGGGAUAUCAAUUAUAUUGCUCUGGACAAUUAACUUACUGUUGAAAGCUCAUUCCACAUAAGUGAUGUGUUAAUGUAUUUCCACUACACCACCAAGUACAAUUUGUAUGCCUUUGUGAUAUAUGUACAUGUAGCAGAUGUUUUUCAUUUAAUUCUACAUAAGAAUGUCACAAAAUUAUCAUGUUAGGAAGUUGAUUAAAGACAUAUGUACAAUGAU